UCCUGCAUGCAAAAGUAUACCGAGCAGCAAAUGAAAAAAUACGCCAAAUCAAAGUAAAUUAUUAAGAUAUUCAACUAUUACAAAUAAAAUGCUUAAACAGAUUAUCACUGCAGCUACAGCGCCGCGGACCAAACUGGUGCUAGUGGUGCGCAGUGAUUUGAAAAUGUCUAAGGGGAAAACUGCAGCACAAUGUGCUCAUGCAGCUGUGCUUUGUUAUCAGCAGUGCCAAACGAAUGGCAAGAAACAGAAAUUAGUAGAAAGCUGGUCACUUUCAGGGCAGCCGAAAAUUGUAUUGCGCGUUAAUACAUUACAGGAGCUUAUGCAUUUGCAGGAUCGUGCAAAAGAUGUUGGUGUUGUGGCAGAGCUGGUAAGAGAUGCUGGACGCACGCAAUUGGAAUGUGGUACAGCUACAGUGCUGGGUAUUGGCCCAGAUAUUGAGAAAAACAUAAACGAAUUGGUUUCUGAUUUGAAAUUAUUGUAGCAUAGGUUUUCACUUUGUUUGCCGAAGAAAUAAAAUAACCGUUGUUUUCGCUUUA